AUGCAGACUAAACACUUCUUUUCCGACCCGAACCAUCUGGUUAUCACGGCGCUCCACUCCCUUACCCUUACCAACCCGUCCCUUGCAUUAGAUGCUCAGAACAAGAUCGUCUUCCGCCGCCCCGAUGCGCCCCGCAAGCCCAACAAGGUAUCCAUCGUCACCGGCGGCGGUUCGGGCCAUGAGCCUGCCUUCGCUGGCUACGUUGGCCACGGACUCUGCGAUGCCUCCGUCGCAGGCACUAUCUUCGCCUCGCCCUCGGCCGAGCAGAUCCGGAGAGCCGCGAUCGAUCGCGUUCCUACCGACAACGGCGUCCUCAUUAUCCCCAUGAACUAUACCGGCGAUGUGCUGAACUUCGGUAUGGCGACGGAAAAGUCCCGCGCCGCGGGUAUUCGCACAGAGUUCUUUGCCAUCAAUGACGACGUCGGCGUCGGCCGGGAGAAGGGCGGCAAGGUUGGCCGUCGGGGAAUCGGUGGUGGUGUGCUGAUUUUGAAGAUGGUUGGUGCAUUGGCUGAAGCUGGCGGCUCUCUGGAAGAAGUGUACGGUCUGGCCCAACAGGCCAACGCUAAUCUGGUCUCCAUCGGAUCCUCGCUGGAGCACGUCCACGUUCCCGGCCGUGGCGACCCUGAGGACUCCAUCCCGCACGGCCAGGUCGAAAUUGGCAUGGGCAUUCACAACGAGCCGGGCUCCCACCGCGCCAAGGCCGACCUGGUCCAGGUGGUCUCGACUAUGCUCCUCCAGAUGCUCGACCACAACGACCCGGACCGCACCUACGUCACCCGCACCCCUGAGGACAACUUCGUCCUUCUGAUCAACAACCUGGGCGGUGUCAGCCCGCUCGAGCUGGCCGGUAUCACGGAUGAGGUGUACCGCCAGCUCGUCCGUGACUACCAAGUCAAGCCAAUCCGCGUCAUCCAGGGCACCUUUUUGACCAGUUUGAAUGGCAUGGGCUUCAGCAUCUCCCUGCUAAAGCUGGCGGAUACCGGUCUGGGCGCAGGAAAAUCAAUGGUCGAGCUUAUCGAUGCCCCCGCCGAAGCGGUGGGCUGGUCCGCCCCCAUCCCCACCUCCACCUGGGAGAACCGCGUCGACGCGCCGGUGGAGCUCAAGACCUCUAAUCUGGCCGAGGAGAUCCCCAGUAACCUGAAGCUCGACCCCGCCGUGGUUAAGAAAGUCCUCAGCGCCGGCCUCCAGCGCGUCAUCCGCGCUGAGCCCGAGGUCACCCGGUUCGACACCAUCGUUGGCGACGGCGACUGUGGCAUCGGACUCAAGCGAGGUGCCGAAGCGAUCCAGGUCCUCCUCGACAGCGCCUCGCCCCCACUCUCAGACGAUGUCGUGAACACGGUGAACCGCAUCGUGACCGUCGUCGAGAACGUGAUGGACGGCACAUCCGGCGCUAUCUACGCGAUCUUCCUGAAUGCGCUGGCCCACGGGCUCCGCGCCCAAGAUACCGGCUCGCCCGCCCCCGCCACGACAGAAGUCUGGGCCACCGCCCUGCAGCACUCCGUCACCGCGCUGGCCAAGUACACACCUGCGAAGCCCGGCGACCGCACGCUGAUCGAUGCUCUGGUCCCCUUCGCGAAUACCCUGGCUGAAACACGCAACGUGCGGGUGGCCGCAGCCGCCGCACAGCAGGGCACCGAUUCGACCAAGGCGAUGAAGGCCAGUCUCGGCCGCUCCGUGUAUGUCGGCAGCGAGAGUGAGUGGAUUGGCAAGGUGCCGGAUCCGGGAGCGUUCGGACUGAGCGAGUUCUUGACUGGACUGGCGGAGGCGGUUUGA